GUUCCGGCGCGGUCUCUAGGAAACGGGCCAGCCUGACGCCAGGGGCGGCGCUUCUGGCCUCGCGGAGAGGCGGGGGACGCAGGUGCAGGCCAGUGUGUGCUGCUGCUCCCCACCGCCUCUGCCACGCUGACUCUUCCUCCUCCCUCCCUGGAGAAUGAGCAGUAAGAAGCGGGGGUCCAGAGGCGCGUCGGGGAAGUGGCAGACCUUCUUCCCCAGAGCCAAGCCAGGAGCUGCUGCUGCAGGGCCAACCGCGGAGGACCAAGCAGCCACCGUUAUCCAGUGUUCCUUCCGGAAGCUCCUGGCAAGAAAGGAGCUGGCCCGCCGUCAGCAGGAGCACCAGGACUACCUGGAGCAGAUGGAGAGGCUGCAGAGGGAGGCCUUCGUGGCCCAGGUCCGGCGGGAGCAGGAGGCGGCCCGGCGGCGGCGGGAAGAGAAGGCGGCAGCCGAGCAGCGGCGGCGGGAGGAGCGGCAACGCGAGGCGCGCCUGCUGGAGGCGGCCUUCGACGGGAACCUGGGCGAAAUCCAAGCCGUCCUGCGGGAGGUGGAAGAGCUGCUGACCCGCGAGGGCGUGGGCUCCGACGCGGCGGGGUUGGCGCGGCGGCUGCAGCGGCGCGUGGCACUGGUGGACUGCGAGGACGGCGGCGGGAACACACCGUUGUCCGAGGCGGCGGCGGGCGGGCAGCCCCUGGCUAUCCAGCUGCUGGCCGAACAGGGCGCCAGUCCCAACAGUAAGGGCGCCUUCGGCCGGACCCCGCUGUACCGAGCGGCCUUCGGGGGCCACCUGGAAGCCGUGGAGGUGCUGCUGAAGCUUGGAGCUGACCCCCGAGUGUAUGCGGACGACGGGAGCACCCCGGAGCAGGUGGCCUCUCUGGAUGCGGUGGCCAGCGUGCUGCACUUGUGGGACCUGAGCCUCACGGAUGUCAUGCUGCAGAACAUGGAGGCUGAGCGGCAGCGCCGGGCCCAGGAGGCCGAGCAGCACAAGGAGGCCGAGGCCAAGCGCGUGAACCUCAAAGUGCAGCAGCUGGCGAAGGCACAGCAGCAGUGUCACAAGCAGCUGCAGCAGGCGUACUGCGAGCUCAACCGGAGGGUCGCGGAGCACGACAGGUGCGAGCGGAGGGGUGCCGCCAGGGCCGAGCUCACGCUGCAGGCCAUCAAGGACGCAGAGGCGCAGGUGGACAGGCUCCGACAGGAGGCCCAGAAGGCCGAGGAGACGCUGGCCCAGGCCCGGCUGGAGCAGCGGGAGCGGACCCAGGCGGGGGAGGAGGAGGCGCCCGGGCUGAAAUGCCAGGUCACCGAGCUCCACGACGUGCUGCUGAGGGAUGUGGGUGAUCGCAUCCGCGCCGACGGCAGGUGGCCUCUUGUUAUCGACCCUUCGGGCCAGGCGGCCGUCUUCCUGCGCUACCAGGACACCAACUACGUGGACGCCGUGAACCCGGAGCACCUGCGGCCAGAGAGGCUCCGGCUGGCCCUGCUGGGGGCGCUCAGGUUCGGGAAGCCGCUGGUGGUGGACCUGCGCGAGGUGGACGUGUUCCCGGCGGUGCAGCGGCAGCUGGAGGCGGUGCAGCCGGGCCUGGCGCGGGAGCUGCUGAGCCGCGCGCUGCUGGAGCGGGAGCGGUACCUGUCGCUGCUGCGGCCCAACGACGGGCCCGAGUACGGCCCCGCCCAGUUCCAGGAGGCGCGCCUGGGGCACUUCCGCCUCUUCUUUGUCACCAAGGUGCGGUGGCCUCCAGCCGAGCAGCUGCGGGUGCUGCUCCCGGUGCGCGUGCAGCUGCCCGGCGGGGGCCUCUAGGGCUCGGCCCCAAUAAAGCGCGCCCCCAGGGCGCUGGGUCCGUGCCUGCGCGUGUCCGCCCGACUGCGCGCGCGUCCGGGCAGGGGGCUGAGCCUGGUGGCGGGAGCCCAGGCGCGGUCCUCCAGCUGCGGAGAGGGGCUCGGCCGCCCCCCCCUCCCGCCCCAGACUCGGAGGAACAGAAGGGGUCGGAGGCAGACAGACAGACGAGAGGUAAAACGUAGUCAAUUUUAUUUUCCUUGAACCACAAAAUAGAGUCUUUGGUUGUACAAACAUCACUAGUUACAGUCUCGCCAGGAGGGCCUGGCUGGGGAGGGGCGGUUAGUCAGUGGCCAGAAGGCCUGAGGGGACCUCUUU